AUGCAAGCGCAGAAUGUCGUCGUCAACGUCAGGCACGAGUUCAUAGACCGCGAGUCUCGCGAAGCCUUAACUGAGCGACUGGCGAAGCUCGAAGAAUCAAGCGCUAAAGAUGUACCAAACUUCCCAGCAAGCAACCAUGCUACUAGUAGUACAUCUUCAUCGCCUCGAGUCAAUUCUAUAAGUAGCAUCGAGCUUACCACCAACAGAGCUGUGGAGCCAGCAAAGGGUGAAAAGAAGCGACCUGUACUAUCUGAGCAGCAAGAGACAACUCAAUUUGUGCCACCAGCAAGCAAACGCCGCAAGUCACAGAGCGUGUUACAGCAAAAAACCCACCAUGAAACUCAUUCUCCAGGUUCAACACACCACGCCAGCGAAGCUCGAGAAUAUAUCGAGCACGAGCUCCAAUGCAACCCAGCUCUAUCAAAAGAUCGAAGAACAGCACUCGAGUCAGCGCAGAAAUUUGUUGGCCAGCUAUCGAACCCAACCCUGCACUGGGAAGAGACAGGGGCUAUGGAUGAUAUGACCAUAGAAGAAAAUCUAGAAGAGCCAAUCCUUACCCCGGAGCUACUUUACAUGAUGCUACCAGGGCCCGACAAACAGACCACCUCUCAAGGAACAGUUUCAUGGCCAGAUCAUAUCUCCGAUAAGAUCCUGGAGCGGAUGGGGCUUGCUAUCAUUGAGGGAAGUGAAUGUGAGCAAGUACUCCAACAUUAUCGAAUCAAUGUCUGGAUCAAGGCUAUGGGCAUAAUAUCAAAAUUGGCCCCGUUGAUCGCGAGCGAGCCAUUAAAAGUUCAUUUUCGAAGACUGAAAAAGAGGUAUGAGGCAGCUGCGUUGGAAUUACUGAAUCAAAUUCCCCUGGCCGCUGCGCCUAGCCUUCUUUUACUGCAAUCUUUGAUGUCUGCAACACGUUUGAUGCAGUACCUGGGAAACAUGUCACGCUGCUGGAUGUUCACGUCAUUGGCUUCACGAGUUAUUGUCUCUCUGAACUACCAUAACAUCACCGAUUCCAAUCCUCGAAGCGAAAUUGAAGAAAGUGUUCAUGCUUGUGUCUACACGUGCUACUACUUCGAUAAAACCCUCAGUUUACUGCUUCUCCGGCCGCCAUCAUUGCCUGAUCUCAAAGUUAAAGCAACAGAAUUGAUCCAUAUUGACCCGGAUCUACCGACAUUCGCUAUGAUCACAGGGAUAGUCGAAUAUGCAGAAUUGAAACACACUUUGUUAGGUAUACUUCUUGAUCCCAAGGCGAUUGAGGAUAGCGAGAAGGCCAAGAUAUUAUCUGACCUGGUAUCACGGGCACAUAUAAUUCACUCUAAUAUGCAAACGGUUAUGGCUAAUGUGCAUGGCCGGUUAAAGUAUCGCCGUAUCCAAGAACAGGAUUUCCCACAAUCAUGGGGAAAUCUGCACCGUGAAUGGCUAUCAAUGGAUUUCAAUUACUACUCAGUAUUAACGACAAUAAUCCAAGCACGCUCUUCGGUCCUGAAAUCCCGCCUAGUGUGCGAGAACUGUCUAUAUACAGCCCGAGAAUCCCUCACCACCCUGCGAGCGCUACAGGAGGCAUUUUCAAGCCAAUUCAAUUCUAUUGACUCUUAUCCAUAUUUCCUUACUUGGACGAUGCUCCUAUUCCCCCUAGCACCAUUCUUCGUCCUAUUCUGCAACGUAAUCGCGACAUCAAACGAGAAAGACUUUACAAUGAUCAAAACUAUAACCGACGAUCUACACCAAUUCGCCGAGGCGAAUGCGUCAAUUGGGAAGCUGUAUAAGCUUUUCGCCAAGUUCCUUGAUUUAUGUGCACCGCUUAUCAAAAGGAAUCUUGAACACGCUCGCUCAGAACUACCGGCUGUUGCGGAGAACGUAGCUGGUAUGCCUGAGGGGCACCGGGUUGACAGUCAGGAUGAUGUGUUUGGUCGCGCUGCUGCUGAGGCUAUGGUUGAUCUUCAGUCUGCUCAUGUCUCGGGGGUGCAACCUCAUGCGCCGAGAUCUGAGGGGUGGGAUGAUAGUCUUGUUUGGGAGUUGUUUAAUAAUCAGCCUUCGUUGGGAUGGGCGGAGUCGGAGCUUUGGGAUGCGAUGGCGCAGUUCGAUUGA